UGUGAUUCAUAUUUUUCCCUUUCAAAGCCAUUUCUCAUAUACAUUGUUGUGCAUAUAUUUUUAUAUUUGUGCAAUAGACAUUCAUAAUUACAUUUCAACAAUCAAUAUCCUUGCCUCUUCUGAAGCCAAACACAUUAGUGAUUUAUUUUUCAUUCUAUUCUAGUAAUAGCCAAAAAAGAUAUUAUUUUACUUUCAUAUAAUCUGCAUCCAAUAACCUCCCACUUUCUUUCACACACACUCACAAUGUUCAGCAUUUCUGCCCUGUCUCCUCCCAGCACACCCCGCGGAUCCAUCUUUUCUCCCCGCCAAAGCGAGGCACCGUGGUCAAUGCACGCCCUGUCGCUCGAAAGCCCAGGCAAGCGGGUCAAGCUCAACCCCGUGCCCAGCACAUUCAGCAAACCCUCGUUCCCCCGCAACAACAACAAAAACAUGUUUAUCCGCUCAGCCACCCUGGCCUCGCGCAGACUGAAGAACGCGCCGACCAGCAUUGCACCUCUGCAAAUGAGCAGCGCUCGGGUCGAGCCCGAGACACAGUCCCUGAGCACCGGUCUGUCGCCAAUCGUCAAGAGCCUGUCGAUCAUGAGUAAGGCCAGCAAGCCCUCUGGCUUGCAAAUCGAGUCCCGCCAGCAAAGCCCCGCAGCCUGCGAAUCCACCCCUUCCCCGUCGUUGACCUUCCGGUUGCAAAAAUCGACGCCCGCCAAGAUUGCACAGGCCAAGGGCGUGGCUGUGCCUAGACUGAGCCUCGCUAUCCCCACGGGCCUCAUCAGCCCGCCGUCGGCCAACUCCACACCCAAGCGCCGCCCGCCCCCUCUUAGCUUUGGCUCGCUUGCAUCGCCCGCCACCAACAAGAGCAUGUCGCCGUCCCUGCCCCAGACCCCCGGGACCGCCGGUUUCGCGUCUUUCUCGCCGCCCAAUAUCAUGGAAGACCUGAUGUUUGGCGAAGCCAGCCCCUCAUUCUAUGCGCAGAAGACACCGCCACCAGCCAGCUGGGUACCCACAUUCUUUGUCACGCCACCGACCCCCGUUGCUGCCGACUCUUGCGCUGGCUCGCAGAGCGGUAGUGUUGAGGCUAAGCUGGGAAGCGGUGCCUGCACAUUGUCCCCGUCCACGCCGCCGUGGCCAAAGUCGGGCUCUGGCCUGCAGAAGACUAUUUUCGACCAUAUUGGAAAGAACCAGUUGAGUACUAUGGAUUUGCGUGGCUACAUGGCUAUAUCCAUGAGUAGCUAA